UUAUGCAUUGCUCCUCGUGGUUUGAAUGGUCGAAAAAUCGACUAUUUUUAUAAAAAUUGCCACUUUUAGAUGAUCGUCAUCUCAAAUCUCCUUGCGUCCUUUUUUUCUUGUUUGGCAGGCAGGGGAAAACAGGGAGGAGAAGUUCCAUGAUUCCCUCGCCCCACCAACACAAACCCUUCAAGCCAACUCAAUCUUCCAAAUUCCCCCACAGCCAACUCAAAACCCCAUCAUAAAAAUCCCAUCUUUCCUGAUAUUUUCCGCUACACUCCUCCCUCUCUCUUCUCAUAAUAGUUCUCCACUGCCAGCUAUGGCAGCCGUGCUUCCUCCGCUUCUUCGAAACCCCACAAACAUCGAUGGGUCCAGAGGCGAGCCAGCCCUUUUAAGCCCCAUGAGUUCCCAUGGGGUUUUCGAGGAGGAAGAAGAGGAAGAGCUCUCCUUUUUGGCUAUUUUACUCGCGGUUUUGAGGAAAUACCUGGUUAGUUGCAUGUCCUUGAAAGAAGUUGGUGUUUCUUCGAUGGAGAUUGGAUACCCAACUGAUGUGCGCCAUGUCGCUCAUGUUACUUUCGAUCGCUUUCAUGGAUUUCUUGGAUUGCCGGUUGAGUUUGAACCAGAGGUGCCCCAACGAGCGCCGAGCGCUAGUGCAAAUGUGUUUGGAGUUUCAGCAGAGUCUAUGCAAUGCUCGUUGGAUCACAGAGGCAAUAGUGUCCCAACAAUACUCUUGCUCAUGCAAAGGCGCCUUUAUCAACAAGGCGGGCUUCGGGUAGAAGGAAUAUUCAGAAUUGCAGCGGAGAAUAGUCAAGAGGAGCUUGUUAGAGACCAGCUAAAUAAUGGAAUUAUCCAGGAUGGCAUUGAUGUGCACUGCCUUGCAGGCUUAAUCAAGGCCUGGUUCAGAGAACUUCCAUCCGGAGUGCUCGAUUAUCUCGAACCUGAGGUCUUAAUGCAGUGCCAAUCAGAAGAAGACUGUGCUCGCCUUAUGAAACUUCUCCCGCCGACACAGGCCGCUCUCCUAGAUUGGGCAAUCAAUUUGAUGGCCGAUGUUGUACAUGAGAAGCAGCGGAACAAGAUGAAUGCACGCAAUGUUGCUGUGGUGUUUGCACCCAACAUGACUCAGAUCGCCGAUCCCCGGACUGCCAUAAUGCAUGUUGUGCAUGUUAUGAAUUUUCUCAAGAUGCUCAUUCUUAGAACUGUUAAGGAACGAGAGGAAGCCAUGUCCGAUUACGCGACGGUAGCCUCUCCAAGGCCCGACGAUGAUGAAGACAAACCAACUGUGAAGCUCAGCGUGGAUGAUGGAAGGGGAAUGGAAUCAGAAGUGGCUGAAACACUGUUUCUGCCACAAGAAAUAUCUUUGGUUCAGCAGUUCAAACUUUUGAAACCUCAUGCAACGCUUUGGUUUCACAAGACCUCCAUGGUGUUCCUCUGGGCUCGGAUGGCUUAGCAAA